AUGAAUUUUUCUUAGUGUCCAGAUGAGUUCUAAGUUGAAUAGUAAUUUAAUAAGAUUACACAUAAAACAAUAUAUUGUGAUUUCAACUAUGAGGUAUGAUAAUGUUACCUUUGUUAAGGAAUUAGAGUAAAAAUAUAGGUUCAAUUAUCCACUUCAUAAUAAACCAUAAAUUGAUUAAAAGAAAGAAGAAACUAUUAAUACUAAAAUACCAAAGUAUGAAGCCUUGAUAGAAGCGUCCAAUUAAUAAAUGGAUUUGCCUCUUCAGCAAUCUCCAUAAUAAGUUAGAGCAAUUCAAAACUAAGGCAAAAUAUAAUUAUGCCGCCAAUAGAAUGAAUAACAGAGUAAAGAAAUCAAAUCAAUUUUGAAUUUCUAAGUGGAUACUAAAUUCAUCAAAAUGAGGCCAAGCAAGAAAAAAAACUAAAGGCAAUAUUAGUAGUUUAGAAGACCUCAAAUUUAAAUAAUACCAAAUAAUUGUAAAUAUCAAAGAGUUUGUGGUUCUAGUUAAAUAUAGAGUCUUAGUAUGCAUUAAAGUUUCAUAAUGAAUAAUAACAUAUCUGAGGUAACUUUUCAACAAGAGACUCGUCUUACAAAAUUCUAAUAAUUAUUGAAGAAGGCUCCAAAAUCUAUAGAGAUAGACUAAUAUAGAGCUUUAAAAUAUUUUGGAAACAAUGAAUUAUGUGAGGGAAUAUUGGAUGGAAAGAUUGUGCAAUUUAUUAAAACUUAAUAAUCUAUUGUAAUUUUAUGA